ACGUUUAGUUUAGUUUGGAUGGGCACUCGGAAAGACUGCAUAUGCAACAGAGGAGAGAGAUUUUGCAGCCGAGUGGGAAGUGACAGACGAGGCCGAGGAAAACGGAGCUAAAAGGCUAAAGUUAGCGGUGUUUUGAUCCAAGUACUGAUAAAGGGCAGGGCGCUGCACUUUUAGUUUCUCAGGACACACCCAGUCCUAGCCUCAACACAGCAGAUAAAUGAUUGGAAAGAGGGGCAGGACAAACAACUGGAUCUUUCUGGAAAACAGUCAAGCAUAAUCAUCAAGAUUGUGAGAUAACUUCAGCAUAGAGUUUUCAUCCUUGCAACAAUGGCUGAAUCCAGCGAGGACUAUGGGAACUACAGCUAUGAAUAUUACCUGGAGUAUGGCGACUUGGAAGAUAUUAAAGUUGAGCACAAGCAGAAGGAAACUAUGCAUAUUAUCUCAGUGGUUAUCUAUAUUAUCUCCUUUGUGCUUGGUUUGAUUGGAAAUGGAACUGUUAUUUGGGUGACAGCAUUUAAAAGCAAGAAGACUGUCAACAGUGUGUGGUUGCUCAAUCUGGCCAUGGCAGACUUUGUGUUUGUGCUUUUCCUACCCUUCUACAUUGAUUACAUACUGCGGGACUUCCACUGGGACUUUGGUGUGGCCAUGUGCAAGAUUAACUCAUUUGUGUCAGUGAUGAACAUGUAUGCCAGUGUGCUCUUUCUCACGGUGCUCAGCAUAGACAGGUACGUUUCUCUGGUCCACCUCAACUGGUCUCAGAGGUACCGCACCGUAGAGAGGGCCUGGGUUGUAUGUAGCUGCAUAUGGGCAGUAGCUGGAGCCUUGAGCUGCCCUGCGCUGAUUUUCCGUGACACCAUGCGCUUACAUGACAAGGUGGUGUGCUUCAAUAACUUCCACGCACAGGACGGACAUACAGCAGCCAUGAGACACAUUAUAAUAGUGGCCAUACGUACCACUGUGGGCUUCCUUCUGCCAUUUACUGCCAUAUGUGUGACAGGCAUACUUCUGACAGUCAAAGUGAAUCAAUCUGGGGGAGCAGUUCGCUUGUCAAGCUUCUCCAAAACAGUCACUGCAGUAAUUCUGGCCUUCUUUUUAUGCUGGGCACCUUUUCAUACUUUUAGCUUAAUGGAGUUAUCAAUACAUUCCUCCUUAUACCUACACAACAUACUGAAAGCUGGCUUUCCUCUCGCCACCAGCUUAGGCUUUUUUAACAGCUGUAUUAACCCCCUGCUGUAUAUGCUACUGGGAAAAAAAGUACGCCAUAUCCUGAAGCGUGCUUGCCUGGACAUAACUAAGAGUUCACUAAGAGAGCUCAGCCAGUCUGUCUCUGCCACUGAGGUGGAGUCUGUGCCAGGACUUCAUCGGGACAGUGUCCCAGAGGAGCCUGUGGAGUCAUCAGCUCUAUGAUUGCAACCACCCUCAGACUCUUGUAGUCAUCCAUGAAAAACAUGAGGGUGGCUGGCUAUUACUUAAGCAUAAAUAUGGAAGAUUAUCAUACCCAAUUCUUUCCAGCUGUAGUGUUAAGAUUUUCCUAUUUUGUUUCAUUUGGAUGGAGGCAUGCCACUUCAGCUGACAAUUACUAUCAGUGGAAAAACUGAAGGAAACUGUGCAUAAUGUGCACACAGAGAUUGUAUUUUUCCAUUUAUUUUUCAUUUGUAUAACCAGAAUGAUAUCUGGAGAAACAGAGCUGAAAUAGUUGAUAAUACUGAUAAUCAAUUACUUGUUUAAAUCAUUUUUAAAAUAAAAAUGCCUACCAUUCUCUGGUUCCAGUUUCUGGACUGUGGGGAUUUGCUGCUUUUCUUUGUCAUCUAUGACAGUAAAUGACUGAAUUAACAAUUUGCAGAUGUCUCUUUGGGUCGUGGAAAUUGAGAUGUUUUUCACUAUAAUUUUUUAAAUAAUUAAAUAUGCAUCUACAUAUUAUUUUUUUAUUGUACUCUUUUGAACUAAGGGCAUCAGCUCUGAUUGUAGUCUAACUUUAUUAUGUUUUAUACAGUUUAAUAUUGGCUGCUAGAGUCACCUAUUAAUGUAUUGAUUUUUUAACUAGAUGAGAGUUGUAUAAAUGUUUUAAUCUAAUAUAUUCCAAGUAUAGUAUAUAUCUAAAUAAAAUUGUUCUUCUGAGCACAUACUGUA